GAAUUACAACGUUAUUUUAAAAAGUUUAAAAUAGUAUAUAACUAUUCUAACUAUCAAGACUUUAAUACAUUCAACUGUGGACAUUUAUGUCUUGAAUUUUUACAAUGCAUGAAUCUCUUACACUAAGUUUAACUGGAAAUUCGACUGUAUUGACUGCAAAUUAUUUUCCAUCUCUAAAUGUUUACGAGGAUUCAGAAAUAGCUUUGUUAUGUUUACAGUCAUUUAAUUCAUUUCCAAAUAUUAAUGAAAAUAAUAAUAAAUUUUCUAUACAAAUAGUUGACGAUGAAAACAAUAAUACUCCUAUGAUGUGUUAUAUUAAAUUGGAAGAGGGAUGUUAUGAAAUUGAAGAUAUUAAUCAACGAGUUAAGAAGCAAAUAGAUGACUAUAAUAGUGAAAACUUAACCAAAUUAACAUUCGAUAUUUCGGUUGAUCCUAAUGAUUUCAGAUCAUAUAUAAAAUGUAAUGGGAUACUACACUUUGAGAUUCCAUUUAGUAUGGCAUCUGUAUUUGGUUUUGAAAAAAGACGAUAUAAACCAGAGUAUGCAAUUCAUCGAUCGGAAAAAGCAGUAAAUUUAAACACAAUUAAUUCUAUAAAAGUAAUGUGUAAUAUAGCUCAAGGAUCAUUCAACAACCAUCUACAAAGUCAUUCGAUUUACGAGUUUUUCCCGAGUGAGAGGACAGGAUCUAAAGUAAUUCAGACACCGCCAAAUUUAAUAUAUUACAAAUUGAAUAAAACAAAUAUUGAUUCGAUAACCGUUCAGCUAGUUGAUCAAGAUCAUAAUCCGAUUGAUAAUUUUGGUGAGGCAUUGACAAUCGUGUUACAUAUUAAACGUUACGGAUCUUAAUAUGGGAUUAAAAUUCAAUAUAAAUCCGCUACUUCGGAUCAGUUCAACUAGUCAUAAGACUAAAGUGGUACCGGUAACAUCAAAUAAAGUAAAAAAAUUGACGUUGACAAAUAAAAAAUUU